AUGCCUCCGACAUUCCCCAACCCACAUAUCCUCAGCUCUUUUAUCGAAACUAGCUACACCACGGCUCGCAGCGCGAUGCCUUCCAACCAAGAGUCAGCAGCAUCAGGGCCGUGGAUGUCGCGCUUCCUCGGCGGCCAGCAGCCCGCCAUCCCGUCAUCUCCGACCUUGUCCCGUCGUGGGGUGGAUGCUCCCGACAAUGUGAUCAACAUGAUGAUCAUCCUGCUCGGCGUCGCUUUCUGCGCUCUUCUUCUCGCUUCUCUUUUUUCUUUCCUUGUCCGCCGCCGCUUCCAACGCCUUCGCGGCGCAACCUUGCCGACCUACGAAGACGUCAAGCAGACCCGGAACCCCCCUAGUCUUACCAUUGAAACAUCCCACAAUGGACGGUCAAGUGUCUACUACAUUGGCCGCGAUGGCCAGCCCAUGCUGCAAAAUCCCAACUUGCCGCCACACUCACCUGACAAUGUACCGCAAAUACACAUUACUUUCCCCGACGAACCCGACGAGAACGGCCGUACAAAGAGUGGGCGAGUUUUGGUUGUCAGAGUCGGCGACAAUGCCACGGUUGGGCUAGAACCCAUGCAAGAGGAGCAAUUACCAGCCUACGAGAAGGAAGCCAAGGGCCAGUUCCAAACCAUUGACAUGGAUCAUAUUGGUGGGCUGAAGGAAAAGGACAGGACGCUGUUCCAAUAA